UCCAGUGGGGUUGUUAUCCAGUGGGGCUGUUAUCCAGUGGGGUUGAUAUCCAGUGGGGUUGUUAUCCAGUGGGGCUGUUAUCCAGUGGGGUUGUUAUCCAGUGGGGUUUUCAUCCAAUGGGGUUGUUAUUUAGUGGGGUUGUUCCAGUGGGGCUGUUGUCCAGUGGGGCUGUUAUCCAGUGGGGCUGUUAUCCAGUGGGGUUGUUAUCCAGUGGGGUUGUUAUCCAGUUGGGAUUUUAUCCAGUGAGGCUGCUAUCCAGUGGGGUUGUUAUCCAGUGGGGCUGUUAUCCAGUGGGGUUGUUAUCCAGUGGGGUUGUUCCAGUGGGGCUGUUAUCCAGUGGGGUUGUUAUCCAGUGGGGUUGUUCCAGUGGGGCUGUUAUCCAGUGGGGCUGUUAUCCAGUGUUAUCCAGCGCCGUUAUCAUUGGGAUCGUUAUCCAAUGUGGUCUUUAUUCAUCGAGGGCGUUCAAUAUUAGGCCCGUUAUCCAGUGGAACCGUUAUCCAAUAGGGCCAUUAAGGGUUGUUAUGAAAUAAGUCCGAUAGCCACUGGGACCGUUAUCCAUCGGGGCUCUUAUCCAAUGGAGCCGUUAUCAAUUUGGGCCGUUAUCCAUUUGGGCUGUUAUACACUUGGGCCGUUAUUCACUGGUGCUGUUAUCCAUU